UAAAGGUUUGAGGGGCCCUCAAGUGACAUUGGGCUUCCUUCAAGAAUAGCAGAAAGGGACUGAAGCAGAAGAGAAGAGCGCCUGGGGGGCGUCGGGUCGUUUUGCCGCCAUGUUCCGCCUCAUGAUGAGCCAGGCUAAAAAGCACCCAAGCUUGAUCCCGCUCUUCUUGUUCAUUGGAGCGGGAGGGACUGGUGCUGCCCUGUACACCAUGCGUCUGGCAAUUUUCAAUCCUGAUGUUUGUUGGGACAAGAAGAAUAAUCCAGAGCCUUGGAACAAGCUGGGACCCAAUGACCAGUACAAGUUCUACGCAGUCAGUGUGGACUACAGUAAGCUGAAAAAAGAAGGCCCAGACUACUGAAGAACAAACUUGCUCCAUUUACAAGCUGCACAAAAUGAAGAAGGUCCUUAGGUCUUCCAGAAGCUGUCCGCACAACUCAUAUGUUUAAUCAUCCAGGAAAUACUGAAUUUUGUUGCACGUGGCUCUUCAAUCAUGUUUUGGAAAAAGCUUGUUGAGCUUAAUAAAAUUCUGAAGCUUGAAA